CCAAAAAAUUCACUUCAGAACCGCGCCACACAACGAGCGACGCACACCACUGGGCUGCCCUUCAGAGAGAGAGAGAGAGAGAGAGUAGUGUUCAUCAUGGAAAAUUUUAAGCAGUCCGCCUCGCCCAGGGAGGUGCUGGAGUCCCUGGCAGCCAAGCAGGGACUCGACCUCCUCGGACCCGCCUUCGCAGACCACAUGGACAACGAGGACCCACUGAGGGGGAUGAAGGACAGGUUCGUGUUCCCGCGAGUGGCCGACCAGACCUGCGUGGAAGGGAUUAUGGCCGAGGGAGAGGAGGAGGAGUGUAUCUAUAUGUGCGGUAACUCCCUCGGCCUGCAGCCCAAGACCACCAAGGACAAGGUGGCGGAGACCCUCAACUCCUGGGCCAAGCUGGCGAUCAACAGUCACUUCCACGGCUCCCUUCCUGCUGCCUACUGCGACAACUACGGGAGGGAAACACUGGGUGACCUGGUGGGAGCAGCCCCGUCUCAAGUAGUCAUCAUGAACGCACUUACUGUUAACCUUCAUCUUCUUCUCCUCGACUUUUACCAGCCAACGGAGACCAGAUACAAGAUUAUGAUAGAGGGGCACGCGUUUCCUUCUGACAGGUACGCCAUCCAGUCCCAGGUGAGACUCAGGGGCCUGGACCCGGAGAAAGCGGUGCUGCAGGUGAGGCCCCGCCCUGGGGAACACACCAUCAGGACAGAGGACAUCCUACAGCUACUGAAGGAAGAGGGCCCCAGCAUUGCCGUGGUGUGCCUGAGUGGCGUCCAGUACUACACCGGCCAGAAGUUUGACAUGGAGCGGGUGACGAAGGCCGCGCAGGAGCAGGGGUGCGUGGUGGGCUGGGACCUCGCUCAUGCUGUUGGCAACGUGGAGGUCAAGCUAGACGAGUGGGGUGUGGACUUCGCUUGCUGGUGCACUUACAAGUACCUGAACAGCGGCGCGGGCUGUCUGGGCGGGAGCUACGUGAACGCGAGGCACAACGAGAGGACGGGGCCGAGGCUGCAGGGCUGGUGGAGCAACAGGCAGGAGACGCGAUUUGAGAUGCAAGAGCACUGUGACCGAUCCUCCGCCGUGGAUGGCUUCCGCAUUAGCAAUCCGCCGCCUCUGCUGAUAGCGUGCGUGCUGUCCAGCCUGGAGAUCUUCAGAGAGGCGGGAAUGGCACGCCUCCUUCAGAAGCAGUUUCUCCUGACGGGUUACCUGGAGAUGCUCAUCAAAAGCCACUUCCGGCGGGGGAACAAUGAGCGGCCCUUAGUCACCAUCAUUACCCCUGAGGACACCAGUCAGCGCGGGUGUCAACUGUCUCUCAUCUUUUCCUUCCCUCUCAAGCAGGUGCACAAGGAGAUCAGCAAGAGAGGGAUCAUGUGUGACAUCCGGCAGCCUAACGUGAUGCGCAUCGCCCCAGCGCCGCUCUACACUUCCUUCCGCGACGUUCACCGCUUCGUCACCAUCCUCGGCAGCGUGUUCGACCUGUGCAAGACAGAGGCUGGCUAGCUGCUCUGCCCCCGUCCCCCUUCCCCCCUGCUCCACUCACCUCGUACCUGCAUGCCUACUCGUACCUAUUUAUACUUCCCAGUGGUCCCUCGCCUUCUCAACGCCCUGUCUACUUUACUUGUCCCCUUGGUGUGUACAGCAUGCAGCCACCGAGGCCUUCCCCCUUCCCCGGUAAAGUUACAGAAUCACAGCAAUCUAUCUGUUCACUCACACGAUACUGUAUUUUGUGGUAACAUCGUAAUUCAUUGUUAAAUACAUGAAUGAUGCUAUUAUUAUUAUUAUUAUUAUUAUAAUUAUUAUUACUAUAUUAUAUCUUUAGCCGCCCUAACUUAAGCUAACUGCUAAGAUACUGACUCUUAUAAAGCAAUGAAGUAUGCAAUGUUACUUACCAGAAAAAUAUAGUUUCGUCUUUAGUAAUAAGACGGUGUGAUUUUGUGUAUCUAAACGCCUUUUUCUGUUAUUCUCUUAUUCUGUUUACCUCCCUGUUUCAUUCCUUCACUCCCCUUCUUAUAUAUGUUACACUGCUGGCUACAGCUUUCCGUUUUUCUUUUCUUUCUCUCAUUCCAUUUUUUUUUUUUUUUCCGGUGGUAGUAUCGCAGAUUUGCGGUGUAUGUCUCUAGUCGUUAAUGGUGACGAUAUGUAGCGCACAGGCAGUACUGUCUGGCCAGUGGCUCCCAACAUUCUGGCCACCACACAUUUGUUCUGCCUGCCCCUUACCCAUGCCCCGCUCCAUGCUCAGCCCGUCAUCACAAUGACUAAACACUCCUGCACUCAUUACCCACGUCCAUAUAAACACCACUCAAGCAAUACCUGUUAUCUUAUUGAUUCCACAUUUUGUUUUCUGUUGAAUGUUAGGUAAAGAAUUUAGCAUUUUCCUUUUGCUGAAUCUCAUAUACUAUAAUUAUUAAUAUCAUACUUAAGAAGUAAUAUAAUGCAUAUCAAAGAAUUGCAUAUAUUUGUGGAGUGUAUUCAAACAUUGCCCUGUGUGAAGUCCAGCGAAGAGCUGUCAUUGCCUUUAUGGUGCCCAGCAUUUUGUUGUGUGUCCCCGGGGCGACCACCGCGGCCACCAGUCUAGGAACCACUGGUCUACCUGUAUGUAUGUUUAGGCAUUUACUAGUACAACAGGAGUGGUCGAGUGUACAUCAUCACUGACUAUAAUCUGGUAACGUUUAUUGCUUUGUAGCAGUAACAAUAUAGAAAUGUCUCUUAACUAAUAUAUUGUGGUCAUUAUAUACUAUAUAUUGCAAAAUAUACAUCACUUGUAUA